ACCACUUCCUGGUCAAGCAAGCAGCAGGCAGGGCAGCAAAGCAGCAGGCAGGGCAGCAAAGCAGCAGGCAGGGCAGCAAAGCAGCAGGCAGGGCAGCAAAGCAGCAGGCAGGGCAGCAAAGCAACAAGGACAUCGUUGGCUGAACAAUAUUACACACACACUCGUUAUCUGGAAACACGGGACUGACUGUGCAUGCCAACACUGAUUGCGUUGGUGACUGUAGGCCAGGCAGGGAGGUGUGUCUAGUGCAGUUGGAAGGAAGAGGUAAAUGGGUGGUGCUUAUGUGAAUAUCGUGGCGACCGAGCGGAGGUGUUUUGUAGUUGACUGUGUAUCAACAGAUGUGUCUGUGUCGUAGUAAAAGCACUGCGGCUGUUAAUCUGGACAGAAGCAGCUCGUAGGCUACACGAAGUAGGCGACCUGACCGAGGAGGUUGCAAUAUUUCAUCAAGAUAACAAAAGGGUGAGGAACUUUCCAGGUGGAGAGAUAGAGGAAACUGAUAAAGCACCACAGAUCAUGGAGCACAGCCCUCCACACUUCCUACAGCAGAAGGGCUAAGAGAAGCUUCCAGGCAGCGCUGACUGACCGCUCUGCUCACCCCAUGGCCAACAACAGCAGUCCAGCCCGGGGCCAGAGCCAGGGUCAGGGCCCCAUAGCCAACAGCAGUCCAUCCCAGCCUCUGGGCCAGGCCGGGGCUGUAGUGGCCUCCUCCUCCACCCAGCCUGAUGUGGUGGUCUACUGCAAGCUGUGCCUUAGUGAGCACCCCUCAGCAGCAACCAGCGCGCUGCACACCUGUGACUGUGUCUUUUGCACCCCGUGUCUGCAGCAGUAUGUUCAGCUGGCCAUCCGGGAGGGUGGGGGCAGCCCGGUCACAUGUCCAGACAUGGCUUGUCAGAGGACAGGAGUCCUACUCCACUCAGAGAUAGCCUGUUUUGCCUCUGCGGAUCAGGUUGAGCUGUACCAGCGGCUGGAGUUUGAACGAGGGGUGCAGCUGGAUCCUAGUAGAGCAUGGUGUCCGGUGUUGGAGUGCCAGGCUGUCUGCAGCAUCGGGCCCAGCUCAGAGGGCCAGCCUACGUCCGUGCCCUGUCCAGCCUGCCACACCGUCUUCUGCUCUGGUUGUAGAGGGCCCUGGCAGUACGGGCACGCCUGCACCGAGCACCAGCCUAUGACAUCAUCAUCAUCUGCCUCAGAGAGCAGGGGCCGGUCAUGCAGUGACUCUGAUCUGCCCAUCAAGCAGUGCCCCAUGUGUGGUGUGUACAUCGAGAGGAACCAAGGCUGUGCCCAGAUGCUGUGUAAGAGCUGCAAACACACCUUCUGCUGGUACUGUCUGCAGAACCUGGAUGGUGAUAUAUUUCUGAGGCACUAUGAUAAGGGGCCAUGCAGGAACAAGCUGGGCCACUCCCGAGCCUCCGUCAUGUGGAACAGAACACAGGUGGUGGGCAUCCUGGUUGGCGUCAGUGUCAUCGUGCUGGUGGCCUCUCCUCUCCUCCUGCUGGCUUCACCCUGCAUCCUGUGCUGCCUGUGCAAGCCCUGCCGAGGCAAAAAGAAGAGGAGGAAGAAGAAAGAGCUCACGCAGACAGACAUACAGCCAGAACUCAGUCCCACCAAGUCAUAAAGAGAGACUGCUCCUUCUCACCACGGUCUGGGAAUGGAUCCAUUCAGUCAAUUCAGGAACUGAUUUUAAUUCAUGAAUGAAAACACUUAAUUGAAAAGAAUGGGGUAUUUUCCAACUCAUUGAAUUUUAAAUAAUGUUAUUGAAUUGACAGAAUUGAAAACUGACUAGUACCCUGAUUGCCACCAUCUCACACACACAUACAGUACAGGACCGCUGUCUACCACCCUCAUGUGCCAAACGUCACCAUGCCAAACCAGUCUUCUUACAGUAGGUGCACAAGUGCCUCCAUCCUACAGUGCCUGGUAUUUGGUGGUAUUUGUUUUUCCUUCCAUUAUAUUAUGCAAAAAUGUGUGUUGUUUAUGAAAAGAAUGACUGUAUGUAACAUAGGGAAAAAUCCUUAACCAAUGCAAAACAUUGUUUCAUAAUGUGCUGUGGAAACUGCAUUGUGCACUGUAUUGGGUACUGGGAGAAAAAUGGCUCCAUCCCAAAUGGCACCCUAUUCCCUACAUAGUAUGCUACUUUUGACCAGUCCCUGGUCAAAGGUGUGAACUAUAAUGGGAAUAGGGUGCCAUUUUGGAAGUAACCAAUGAUAUAGGGCUUCAAAGGUGCACAUAGAAAUAUUUUCUGCUGCUGACAGAUUCCACCUGGAAUUCCAGACCAAAUUUCUGUUGGAUUCUAUAUACUACUACUACUACUACUAUAAUGUAUGUAAAUAUGUAUUUAUGGAAUUGUGUAUAUGGUGUCCUGUCUUGUUUCUACUUUUUUCGUUGAUGUUUCUGCAUCAGAUAUUUUGUAAAAGAUCCAUUGUAAUUGAAAUAAACAUCAGAUAUUGGA